UACUUCUAUAAAAAAAAUGUUACGUGUUUAAUAUCAUGCAAACGUUACUGCUAGACCAAAAUAGUAAUCCUAUAUAUUUAUGGAUUUAGUUGGAUACCAAAUUAUUUUACUGUUCCUGGGUAAUACUGUAUUUCAGUUUUUCAAAGCUUUAUUUACCGCCUCACUUUGGGAGAUAAAAAUAUUAAUACUCUGGCAACUUGAAGAGAGAGAUCCUUUUAAUAAAAGCGCCUUUUUAAAUUGGCUACAGUCAGAAACUAUUUUCAAAUAGUAUUUCCAUAUUAUCGUUACUGUAAAUGUAAAAUCUUUGCGCAGAGGCUUUUCCCCACGGAUUGGUGUAAAAAACUUAUUUUAUUGUAUAUUUAAUGUUUCUAUCAAACUUUCAGACUGGUUUGCAGGACUUAUUCGGUAAGUGAUCGUUAAAGGGAGAUAAAAAUAUAUCAAACCGUUGAUUGAUGGUUUUGUCGGUCGGUAAGUAUGUGCAAAUAGUCGCGGACUGAUUGAAAACGCAAAAGGCUUAAAGUUCGUCAUCACGGGAUGAACCGAAGAGAUAGUCGGUAGAUUUUGUGGAUGAUUGACUGCAUUUUUUAGUUUGUCAGUGAUAGACGGGGUUAUAUAAGUAAAGCCCUCUCCAUCUAUUAUUUUCUUUUCUCUUUAAAGUAAAGUAUCCGACUACUUAACAAUUCUCACAUCAUAACUUUUUAUAGGGCUUUUCAUACCUACCUAUACCAAGUUGGCCAAAAAAUAUUUUUUUAAAUGUACAACUAUUUUUUCAUUAUUGUAAUAACACUCAUAAAAACAUAGAAAAAUACUAAAAUUAAGUACUAUCUCAAAUCUCAAGUGAUCAUAUCUUUCGAGUUGGAUCAAAGUGCACAAACACCCUGUGUAAAUUUGAUGAGAAUGGGUUAAUGUAGCUUAAGAGUUCAUCGCGGAAAAUCAAAGUGCAUUUACAUUUAAGGUUUUGCGUAGUAAAAUAGGCAUUAAUAUAAAAAUGGUACGAGUGACCAAGUUGUAGGCAGUAGCAGUAGGUCAAGGUAGAAAUUGCAAUAAACAUAGCUGGAUACCUACGAAUCCGAGAUAACAUAACGUGUGCGGCGACUCGCUGAAACUUCUAAAAUUAUAGCAAGUUGUAGAUGGACAACUCUGUUUCUAAUUUGUUUUAAAUAUUUUACUUUAAAUAGAUCACCGAUACGUGAGAAGUAGCUAUUGUUGAAAGUUAAACCUAAGUUUUUUUAAUUAUUUAUUUAUUUAGGGUAUUGUAAUUAAUCUCAGUUAAUUGAGUUUAGUCAAAAAACGUUAAAAGUUUAGUUACCCCAUUUAAAGCACAUCACACUUAGUAAAUGAAAAAAAUCAUGUUCGUGCCAGUUUAUUUUUAUUAAACUUUUAAUAUAAUUUUAGCCAUAAGCACUAUCUACUACUACACAUACUUAUAAUGCUUCGAACUACAUUGAGCAAUUACCUACUCUGUAAUGAAAGACAAGAUACUCGAUAUAAACACUUUGUUAAGGCAAAGAUAUGAAAUAAAAAUGCAACACAUUAUCGCACUAUUUGCAAACAAAUGUAAUGAGGACCCUGUUUCCCCUCGUAAUAACGAGUGCGGUCGCAUGUUCCGAGUAUUAUUUCUGCGUUUCAAUGGGCCUUAGUAUUUUGGUCGAUGAGCAGUUGGGCGGGGAGAUAGUAAUAGGGCGGAGUCUCUUCAUCGCGCAGACCCAGCCUUUUGACCCUCACAACGUCAUAAACUGUCACAGAAAACACUGCUCCGUACUUAAUUAUUCAAUUCUUCCGGUGAAAUUUUUUAUAUCAUGUGUUCGGUAGUUUAAGUUGAAUGAAGCUGUUAUCGUGUGCUAUGUUCAAUAUGGAUGGGGUGAACGGAACCCGAUGUUCCUCAAUGGACAAUACGAGUGUAGUGCCUUUGCCAGUGGGGGAUUCUCCAACAUCAGCCAACAGUUCCGACAUGUACAUGUACGAUGACUCGUCGAUGUCCGACGGGAGUCUGUACGCCAGCGACCAGGAGAAUCUGUCGACACCGAGACGAAGGUCUGAUUACCGUCGCUUGCACCGACGUCGGUCUACGUUGCGGUGCCCUCAGCAGCAAAUACAGCAGAGGCAGGCCGCUAACCUGCGCGAGCGACGUCGCAUGCAGUCCAUCAACGAUGCCUUCGAAGGCUUGAGAGCUCAUAUCCCCACUCUGCCUUACGAAAAGAGGCUGUCGAAGGUCGACACUUUGAAGCUAGCCAUCGGAUACAUCAGCUUUCUUGGCGAACUGGUGCGAGCUGACCGAUGCUCUUCAGACACCAUGUUGACUGGAGUCACGAACACGCAUAACAAGGAGGAACAGAAAAAAGUCAUCAUUAGAGGUAGCAACCUCCAGGCUCACUCUCUGUCGUGGUCCAGACGCGGCGAGAGGACAUCGGGCUCAACCCUACACGCCAAGAUAUGGGUGCCAGAGGACCCCCGAAUCUUUCCAAGCACACCCACCAUCAUUGAAAAGGAAGAACUCAGAUAAAUAUCUCAUAUACCUACUCUCGUUUAACAUGGCUAUUUCUUCAGCAAUAUUGAUCUCAUUAUAUACUUACUUAAUAACUUAUCUCAAUUGUCUUGUCAAUUAGGUGUUAGCCUGAAGUCACGGUAUAGAUAACUAAUAAACGCCGUAAUAUUUGCGUGUUAGCUCGACCAAACAUUGUAUCUAUACUCAAUUUUUUAUAAGUAAUGUAACUCUUUUAUCUAGUUAGUAUUCUAGUCACUGUAGAUAUAUACUUAAUCAUCUAAACUUAACACAUCAUGUAUAUACAAUUUAAAUAAAUAUUGUGUUAGUACUUACACCUGCAAUUUCUUCAUUUAUAAACCUUUCCUCUCCUGUUUUCAUAUUUUAGGGUGUGUAAGCUGCUUUUAAAUGAAUAGCACUAGUUUGUAAUAUGCGGUUACGUUAUAAAAUGUCUGGUAUCGUCGAAAAUGUUAGUGAAAUGCGAAAACGAACGGCGUCGCUGCAGAGGAAACACAGACAGGUGUUUAGUUUCCCAAGGGGCGGGUACAGCUCUGUACACAAGUACACAAGCACUUUCUGAUAGAUACUAAUUCCAACACUGAAAAACAAAAAUGUACUUUUAUGCUUUGGCCUUAGGUGUGUUGGGACACGAACGUUUUGAAAAUACGUAAAGAAGAAAAUACCUCUUUAAUUUUUAGAUAUGUGGUAAGUUUGAAAUUUCAGGUAAUAUUAUAACACGAUAUCGACAUUUUGUGUCCAAAAGAAGUCUGUUCCAGUCCAAUCGUUUUAAAGGAAAAUCGAAAAUAAUUUCCAGACACUGGAGUGACUAUUGGAUUUGAUAAUUACAGUUUUUUGUCCUCCUAUUAGCUUCAAUUACUGUCAUGCCUGUUAACGAAACACAAUACAUAUCCUUAACGUAGGCA